AUGGAAGUUCCAAGUAUAUCUAUGGAAGCUAAUUCUUCUAUACCUGAGCCAGCUAAACUCGAAGUAAAAAAUAAUAGGUUUGCAAAUGGAUCUUUGCUCUCUAUAAGAUCGAUUAUUCCUGAUGUUAUAGGAAUUUCUGGUUUAAUUAUUCGCAAAUCAAGAUUUUAUUUGUUAACUGUCAAAAAGAAAGCAUACAGACAUAUUGAUUCUAAACCAUAUCAAGCAUGGAAUUUUCAUAAUAGUGUUCCUAUUAAAGACGAUUUUUACUUGAAUGUUCUUGACUGGUCUACUUUUGACGUGCUAGGAUUUGGUUUAGAUUCGAUGGUUCAUCUUUGGAAUUGUGGCGCAAAACGGUUGAUGCAAUUACAAACAUUAAACAUAGAGUCUACAGUUACGUCUGUCAAAUGGUCAAAGAUGAAUAUGAACCUUGCAGUGGGUACAUUAAAUGGAAGGGUACAAAUUUGGGAUUUAAAAACACUCACGAAAAUUCGUGACAUGAAUGGACAUAUGAAACGAGUUGGCACUCUUUCAUGGAAUAAUAAUAUAAUUACGUCAGGAAGUGGGGAUAAAUUUAUUAUGCAUAAAGACAUAAGAUGUCAACAAGAUUAUGUUCAAAUAUUUCCAGGGCAUGCCUCUGAAGUAUUUAUUAUUAAAAAAUUGCCACCACAGCCAAAUCACAAUUACAAUCAAUUAUGA